AAGCCCAUCAUGUGCUCGAAUCUUCAUCAGCGUUGCCGCCGGGAGAAACAAAGAUGCAGAUCUUCGUGAAAACCCUAACCGGGAAAACCAUAACCCUCGAGGUUGAGAGCAGUGACACCAUCGACAAUGUAAAGGCAAAGAUUCAGGACAAGGAAGGUAUUCCACCGGAUCAGCAGAGGUUGAUCUUUGCCGGAAAGCAACUUGAAGAUGGUCGAACUCUUGCAGAUUACAACAUCCAGAAAGAGUCCACCCUUCAUUUGGUGUUGAGGCUAAGGGGAGGAAUCAUUGAGCCCUCUUUGAUGGCAUUGGCUAGGAAAUACAAUCAAGACAAGACCAUUUGUCGCAAGUGUUAUGCUCGCCUGCAUCCAAGGGCUGUGAACUGCAGGAAGAAGAAGUGUGGCCACAGCAACCAGCUAAGGCCGAAGAAGAAGAUUAAGUAGACUUGUGUAUGUGUUGGAAGAGGAACAUUUUGGUUAAUUCUAGAAGGCUGCUUUUGUUUUUUAGUAAUUUCCGUUGUUAACAAUAUAAAGUAAACUUGAUGGGUUGUUUGUCAAAUUCAAAGAAGCAGUAUGGAAUUUAUGUUCUUCAAA